UUUUUUAUGGUAAACUGUUACCUCUGUAUAUGCUGUACAUGUAUAAUUGCCUACCACCUGCUGUAGAAGUUCUUGCACCUGAGGUCCUCACUUCUUGUGCUACUUUCUACUCCUGGUCUUGCCUAAAAAUCAUAAUACAUAGAUACAGUCUACUUCUUCACGACAUUGAAGAACUUUUAGGCACCACCAAUUUGAAAACUUCAAACAACAACUUAUUACUGGAGUUGUAGAAGGGGAGAAUUAUUCACCUUGUUCUUGUAGUUGUCCGCGUAACUCUUGUCAAACCCAUUAUAGAAAACUGCUCAUCGUCGAAAAUUUAUGGUAGACUUCUUAAGCCCUUACCCUUAGGUUUCCUUGUCACCCUCCCAUAGAAAACACUUCGUAGUUUCAAGACCUUCAGUUUCCUUGUGACGUAGUUUCAAGACCUUAGGUAGUUUCCUUGUUACUGAUUAAGCUUAAGAAUAGGAGCCAUGAUCUCGUUUGGCGACGACUCCUCAUCGGCCUCUGAGCCUGUCGAGGAUAAGAAGAAACAGGCCGCUAAGCCUGCGCCGGCUAAGCCUGCUGCUGGAGCGAAGAAACCAUCAGCAGAAGCUGUCAAAAAGGAGCUUUCAUUAUGUCAAGACUUUGUCUUUUUUUGAGGUAGUGGCUGGCUGUAGAGGGUGCUGGUAUUAUUGUUCCUUGUUCUGCCUGUCUGUUGAUUGUGAAUCGCACUGUGCAUCAUGUGGUGCCCAGAAACUUUUUCUGAAGUCUCCAAAUUGAAGUUGUUGUGGACGUGGAGGUUGGCAUGUUGUGGGAUGAAUUCAUGCUACUCAGUAUAUCUGUCCGUCUUCACUGAUACUUAAAACACAUUCAGUAAACAAGAUAUAAAAAUAGAUAUCCAUCUUCAGUAAUAAUCAUUGAAGAAUUGAAGGAGGUUGAUCUUGAUGAAGAUGUUAAGCAGACUCUAAUCUGAGCAGUGAGCAAGCAAACCUCAUCAGCGAACGACGUCGAUUUGGAAGCGGGUCGUACAGACCCGAAUGAGGUACUCUGGAUACGGUUUUUCUAACACAUUGCCCAAGCAGCGAACCAGAUCAAAUUAUUUUCGCAAAGUCAAAUCUUUGAUGACUCCUCUAUCUAUUCUAUCGUUGCAUGUAUACCCCAGAUUACUGUUCAUUUUUGUCAAGAUUCACCUCCUAGAAAACUAGCCUCCACAAGCUUCGCCCGGCUUCAAGUUAGUUUAGCACUUUUCUGCGGCCUCCCACGGGCUACAGCCGCUAGAGUAGAGACAGCCGGCGGGUGAGCUGAUGCACCUUACGAAUUGACUACGACAAGAGCCGAGUGCCGCCGGUGGCCGACUCAGAUGCGUCGACUCAUGUGCAGGGCAUUGCGCUGCCUUCGGUUUUUUUUUUUAGAUUGCCGGGCGGGUCAUGCAAAUUCUUAAGAAUUUGCAAGACCCCCACGGCAGUCCAACAAAAAAACCAGAAGAGAGCCACCAGACACGCACAAGAAUCCGCAAGCCCCAACGCACGCAAGCGCCUCGCGGUGGCGCCAGGCAAGAACGAGGGGCGACCUUGAUGGGCCAAACAAGACAAAGCAACGCAGGGCCGCGCUGCUUGGGUCUCUCUACGCGCUUACACCUGGCGGGGCUUCUUUGUUUCGUCAGAUGUCUCUCGUCAGAAACAGGCGGGCGCACUUCGCGGGGUCGUGCGGCGUCGCGCUUCGGGCUGUGGCUGAAGCCUCUCGGCUGGCUGACGUCUUUCACCAAGCUGGAGACUAAGGCCCUCCAUCAGGCUGAUGCCGUUCGUCAGCCCAACGCUCUGCGCCAGGCUGGCGGCGUUCGUCGGGCAGGCCGGCGCCCCUCGGCAGGCGUCUUGGGUCAGGCUGAGGCUUUUCGUCAGGGUCGGGCGACGUCUCUCGACAGGCUGAAGCGCUUCGCCUGGCUGACAUUCCUCGCCGGGCCGAGACUCACGCCUUUGGUCAGGUUGAUGGCUUGCUUCAGCUCGGCGCCGUUCGUCGGUCAGGCUGAUGCACUCGCCAGCCAGGUGAGGCCUCUCUCCAGACCGGCGCAAUGCUUCGCCAGGCGUCUGCCUUGCGUCGGAGGGAACAGGCUGAGCGGGGCCUUUCUUCGGGCUGCGGAUGUCUUUCCUUCGUAAGAUUGACCCCGUUCUUUCGUCGGACUGACGUGCUUCGCCAGAUUGACCGCAUUCGCCGGACUGACGUCCUUCGCGAAAGGUCUUCGCUAUCUUCAAGGGCCUCGCGCCACAGGGAGGCCUCGCGUCAGUUUUUCUGGCGGAGGUCGUUCGUCAGAUGUCUGCUGUCGCGGGUCUCACUCUUGUCGUGUCGGAGGUCUUGGGCCCAAAGGUCGUCUUUGGUCCACGCACAGGUCGCCUGUGGUCCACAGGUCGCCUGUGGCCCAAAGGUCGUCUUCGGUCCAAAGGUCGGCUUUGGUCCAGAGGUCGUCUGUGGUCCAGAGGUCGUUUUUGGUCCAGCGGUCGUCUUUGGUCCAAAGGUCGCCUUACUUUGGUCCAAAGGUCGCCCUACUUUGGUCCAAAGGUCGCCCUACUUUGGUCCAGAGGUCGUCGCACUUUGGUCCAGAGGUCGCCUGUGGUCCCGCGGUCGUCUUCGGUCCCAAGGUCGUCUUUGGUUUCAAGGUCGUCUUUGGUCCCAGUAUCGUCUUAAGUCCCAAGGUCUCCUGUGGUCCAGAGGUCGCCUGUGGUCCAAAGGUCGCCCUACUUUGGUCCAAAGGUCGCCCUACUUUGGUCCAGAGGUCGAAGGGUCGCCUUACUUUGGUCCAAAAGUCGUCCUACUUUGGUCCAGAGGUCGGCGCACUUUGGUCCAAAGGUCGGCUUACUUUGGUCCAAAGGUCGGCUUACUUUGGUCCAAAGGUCGCCUUACUUUGGUCCAAAGUUCGCCUUACUUUGGUCCAAAGGUCGCCUUUAGUCCGAAGAUCGCCCUUGGUCCAACGGUCGCCCUUCGUCCAAAGCUCGUCUUUGGUCCAAAGAUCGGCUUUGGUCCAUGUGUCUUUGGUCCAAGGUCUUUGCCCUUUCGGUGGGCGGUCUUUCGUUGGCUGUCUCUCUUUGGACUUUUCUCCCCAGCUUGCGCCCCCACCCCCGUCGGCCAUUUUUCUGCCUUCUUUUCUGGUGGUCUGCCACGGGGCUGCAACGUAAAUCCCAACAAGGAAACGGCCGGAGACUAUCGGGCUUGAGACUGAGGGGAAAGGGCAGGAGACUAUGGGCAAUAGCUUCGCGAAAGAAGCUGACUAAUCUCCGGUGGGUUAGGUGUGGAGUUUUAUGGCGGCGAUCAAUGGCGAGAUUAAUAAUAUAGAUUAAUAAUGUAGAUUUUUUUUUGUUAUGUUUUUUAUCUAUCAACUUAUAAUAAUUUACAAUCUCAUCCACACUAUUCAUAUUAGGUUGAGAAAGAAGUUUCGUAUUUGGAUAAGAGUCCGUCAGCGGUUAGCCGAAUGUCGAGUUUGAGCCCAGCCUCCAUACAACGAGCAUCCAAACGAUUAUCUGAAGCUUGGAAUGAUCCUCGACGAGGCUUCGUGACGCAUCAAAUGCUUUUUAUAUCGCUUUCUUGCGUCGUUUUUCUCAUCUGGAUUUUCAUCCGCUGCUUCGAUUUGUUUGGUACGCGACCACCUGAGAUUACAUUUAUAUUGAUAAUUCUUGACACGACCACCUGAAAUUCAUCUUGAUCUAAAGCAUGAUCAGCUUCCUCAUCCAAGCAAGAGACUAUCUCAACAACAAGGUGAAGGUCCAGGGGAAAGCUGUUACUAACUUUACCGAUCCUCCUUCGUUCAGUUGAAAGCUGUUACUUCUACACCGCCUUCAGGUGAGAGUUGUUACUACACCGAUUUGCAAGCGAAGGCAGUGAUUCGCGCGGACAAGGCUACGGAGUACGCUGCGUGCUCAUCUGUCGCCACAGCGUCAGCUUGUAGUGGCGAUUGCUGGUGGGACACAAAAUUAUGUUGCAACAUGCUGAUCGUUAUCCUCGUCAGCGUUAGCCAAAUAAUGUUGAAGCUGAAGUCUAACAAUUUCUUGUAGUUCCCGUAGAAGAUCUAUCUCUCUACAUCACCUUCUGAGUAAUAACAUAUAUCAUAGUUCUUGUAUCCCUUUGUUGAUCAUGUUCCCUUAGCUUCAAGGGGUUGAGCACCCUCUAAGAAACAACGGCAUGUGUGACUUGGCGGAAUUCGAAGAGGCAAAGGAGUUUGUGUAUUAUUAUACUGAACUGUUGCAUCGGGUGACGAGGUAACAUAACAUGACAUGACAUCCAUUGGGUGGCACCUCCAAAAUACAUUCAAUACCUUCCUUUAUAGAAUGAGUCACUCUCUCUCUGCCCACAACGAGUACUUGCUUUAGCAGAGGAGCCAGCGACAACAGGGACAACGAAAUGGAUGCGAGUGCCCUCUUUCAAAAGAACCUCCCAAGCUGGGACCUUUGGUGACCGUGACGCCGAGGCGCCAUCCUAUCCUAAGAUCCUAUCCACUAUCAUCAUCAUCAUCAUCAUCAUCGCCAUUCUCCGAAACUACCACUAUCGACUACAGAUAUUGGAUGCCUUCUUUGAAAACGUAUUUUGUGACGGAUUUAGUCUGGGUGCCUGGGACAAGUUGCGUGGCCAUUGCCGUCACGAUGGUUUUCUGGCUCAGCGUGUGUUAUGAUGAACAAUGCAGGAGGAAUCUCUAAUUCUCAUAUGCGUAUUGGUGUUUUUUUUUAAGAUUACAACAAACCAGAACCAGAACAACAACAAAAUAUAUGAUACUGAGUAAAAGAAGAACAAUUACUACAGGAGCUCCUACAAAAGGUAGAUCAUCAAACUCAACUAAGUGCUAAAGUCGUUCGAUGACACUUUGUUCUCUAACGACCUCAAGCAUGUUAGUGUCCUUCAGAACAUUUCUGUAGUUCAAAUGAGUAGUACUAAAGUCCUUUCCUCUAAAAAUGGGUGUGGAGAAAACCGAUGAACCAGAUCGUGCUGUUUUCUGGCUUCUUCGGAGUCACGAUUUUGCAAGGAAUAAGCUUUUCGAAUAAAAACGAUGGAAUGGUGUUGAUCAAUAUCAAUUAUAUAAACUACUAACACUGCGUCUUGAUGGAAGUCCUCUACUACUACUGCCGUAGCAGAAGUCCUCUAUGACUAUGGAAGUCCUCUACACUGCUUUUACUCUAAAUAGAAAUACUGACUCCACCGAAGAGUCUCCCUGCUUAACAACAACAGGUGCGCAUGCUUCGUCUGGCGUAUUUUAUCGGUAUGAACGUGGGUCUCGUACCUUGCAAAUGGAUGUGCACAGUAAAAGUACCAUGGAAAAUCUGGCUGAGGGUGAUGUUAAGGCACAAGAAGGAGAAUAGUGGUUGUACACAAGAAGGAGAAUAGAAUACAUAGUAGACCUAGUUGUAGUUAGAGACGUUAUAGCCCACGAGUGGGCACAUCAGUUAACAUUAAUACUAUUGAUUGACAAUCAAUUACUACUAGCUUGGAGCGUCCGAUAACAUCCCGCCCACUAGGAUCCCCCUCCUCCCCAAAAUAAGAAACUAAGCACGGCAAAGAUGUAAGCGAUACGCGUUCUACAAAUUUCGAAAAUUUUCCACGUUUUGCCAUCGUUUGAGGAUUGACUCUUAUGCGUUUGAAGUGCUAAGAUCCCAAAACUUUUCGAUUUUAAGCCCUUUCCCUGAGAUUCAAUAUCUUGGAUUUGCAUUUUUCAAAUUUCGAAAAUUUUCCACAUUUUUUCGCCGUUUUGGGAUUGGGUUUUGUGCGUUUGAAGCGCUAAAGUCUCAAAGUUUUUGAUUUUGAGCCCUUUCCCUGAAAUUCAACUUCUUGGAUUUGCAUUUUUUAAAUUUCGAAAAUUUUCCCCGUUUUGCUUUUGUCGUCGUUUUGGGAUUGAAUUCUGUGCGUUUGAAGUGCUAAAGGUCCAAAAUUUUGGAUUUUAAGCCCUUUCCCUGAGAUUCAAUCGCUUGGCUUCGCGUUUUUCAAAUUUCGAAAAUUUUCCACGUUUUUCGUCGUUUUGCGAUUGAAUCUCGUGAGUUUGAACUGCUAAGGUCCCAAAAUUUUUGAUUUUAAGCCCUCUCCCUGAAAUUCAUGCCAUGGCUUCAUAGUUUCCUGGUUUCGUGGUUUCCAGCCAUGGCUUCCUGGUUUCUUGGGUUCAUGGGUUUGGGGUUCGUUUGUUUUUUUGUCGGAGGUUGUGGGUUUGGGUGUUGGCGGUUGAGGUUUCGGAGGGGAAGCGUUUGCAAAGUUUUAUUGCUCUUAAUAUUGCUUGACAAUCAAUAGUAGUGAUCGUAAGGCUUCACCUUUAUCAUGAAUGCCGUCCUGGUACUUAGUUCGAGUCAAGAGCGAUAUUCUAUUGAGAGAUGCUCUGAAUAUAUCACCAGAGUAAGUUUAUUAAUAUCUCGUCGUCUGUAGGACUAAUACUAGGACUAUAUCUCUCUCCGUCCUCAAAGGGGCAACCGGCGCAAGCAAGGAUCUUAUCUUCAAGGGAGAGGGGUGGAUGUCAUCUUUUUAUCGACUUUCCUUUGUGGCUCUGGUACUAGGCUGGUAGCUCCUCCUCUACCUCCCUCUAAUCUUCGCCUACCUCUCCUCUAUUGCAAUGUUCUUGUCUGUCGGAACGAUGUAUCUGGAUUUGCUGCUGCGUCCGAUUUCGAUGAGCAUGACGCGGAAUGACGUAACCGGGCUUCGGCGAACAAUCGUGGAGUUGAUGCUCGCGACGUUCUUCUUUUCUAUUCUUUAAGGCAGACUGCCGAAUAGAUUCACAUCAUCAAGGCGUGUAGAUCAAUCCUUUUAAGAUUUAGAUUGUUAUUAAGUAGGCAUAUUUAUUAAUAUUAUACUUAUAGAUCAAAUCAUCCUCGGUGCCUGUGGGGCUCGUAGUCAAGGAUCCAUAACCCAACCUAACCUUACAAUAAUAUCUGCGCUUCUUUAUCUACUUUCAUCUACAUUCAUUUCUUUUUACUUUCCCUAGUUAGGUUGGCGCUGCCCAUAUAUCUUAUAUAUAGAUCAAUUCCUUAAAUCAUUUCAAGGUGGAGAAGAAGUACUUACCUCCUCCUCUUCUUCUUCUAAGUAGUCUUACUUCCUCCUCUUCUUGGUUCGCCACUCUCUAACUCCCUAUCCCAUUGGGUCAGAAAUUGAUCGCUCGGAUGUUAAUGCAGCUUUUAUCCGGAAUCAUUCCGCUCAGCAUGAAGAAAGGUGGGUCCGCGGCAAGAGAAUUGAAAAAACGAGAGGAAUUUCUGCGACCGCUUUUGUUAUGGACUACUUGUUGGGCACACAGCAUUGAUAGCGAGCGUGAGACUAUGUUCUUGGGUACAUGAGAAAUUUGAAAAUUUACAACUAUAGCACAUGAAGACGCUGACGCAACAUCUAAUUCGGAACGUUCUGUUUGACAUGUACCGUUAUGGGUACGGGCGAGGUGUCUUGCUGAAGCUAUCUCCGUCCGCGUUCGUGAUCGUUGUGAUGAGAGAUGUGUGGUACUACUUGAUGUCCUUGCACGCAUUGCACUAGAAGUAGAAUUUUUGGUAGUAUUAUAAAUAUGUAGACUCUAAUUAAAGAACUUAUACCCCAUGAGUGGGCACAUCUAUCUAUCUAUCUAACCAAGACCUCCCACUAUGAUCCUAUGCCAGAUGGUCCAAAUAUAAUAUCACUCUUGGUUGGAGGAACAAACUUGACACAGUCAGACGAGGUAACCACUACAACCGCAUGGACAUCCUUCAGGUACUACCCACUACCAACCACAUGAAUAUACGUUCUCGGCGCCCAGGUACGACAUGCUUCAUUUCGGAUGCAACUACUUGGCUAGUUUUCACGUUUUCAUGCUGAAGUUGGAUCAGACAAAGGGCCUCAAGCCAGAGCAGAUGGAGCUUACAUGGCAGAUGCGCAUGUUCGCGAAGAUUACUUUAUGGCCCCUUUGGAAGUGCUUUUAUCAAAAGUGCGAAUGUAGUUUUUGCUGUAUAGUUACCAUAUACAACAAUAGUAUAGACUAUUUGAUGCGACAAAAAAGAAGUUCUGUCGCCUCUAAUUUUCUCUUUCAACCGAAAGAUCAAUCGAUUGGAUAUCGCAACGGCGAUUUCUUUCUUCUACACCUUUGAUUGCGAGCUCGAUGAGAAGCAAAGGGCGGCUGCGACUGGCGACGAGCAAGAAAUUAGAAAGACUGGCACAGAUGGAAAGGAGAUUUAUGGGCCUACUGUCAAUUUCAAUUGGAACUGCGAUGAAUAAUUACAAUCCGGCGCAGUAAGAUAAGCGUGGCGGUGCUUCAUCGUUACGGCACUACAACUGCCAUGAGAGGACUCCUCUAACUUCUUGUCCGAUACAACAGAAAUGUGAACUUCGCCAAUCACCGAAUUAUGGUCAGAAACGUCCCAAAGAUGGAACCGAUUCCACCUAGAAAUGCAGGCGUUAUUGGCGACGUCGAGUGCGAAGGUGAUAUGGAAGGCACCUUGUUUCCGAUCACGGAUGCCGAUAUUCAGUUGGUACAACUAUUUGCUCCGGUUCUUGUCGGUCACGGUCAGUGAGAAGUAGUGAGUUUUGAUUUAAGAAAGUAGCUAAGAAGUUACUUUUAGAAUAGAGGUUUUUACUAGUCCCUGCUCUUCGAAUUUGCUUGUAGGUUCGGGCCACGACCCCGAUUCAAGUCCCGCGGUGGUGCACUUGUAGACAGUAGACAAAAAAAAAAAAUCUAGUUGGGUCAAUGGAUACAUUAGGAAAGAUUGAUUGGUGGCGCUCUUGAUGUUGAUGUGGAAGAUGUCUUUAUUUAGUCCGUUCAUUUUGGAACUCUCUUGUUUCCGUAGGCAGUAUUCUGGACAAGCACGACAACGCCUCCACCAACCACAUGUUGCCUUUUCUAACUACCUGCAGCUGCAACAUCCUAAUCUAAAACCCUCGUCGCUUAAGGAUUGCUACUUGUGCUUACUUCUCUUCCCUCCAAACUACAAACUACCCCUCGUCUACAGGUCCGUCCGGUUCUCGAGUACAUCCAAUUGGAAGUAUUUACUCGCUUUCAUGUACGUAUGGUCUGUAAGUUCGCAACGAUUGUAUGGAUGACGUUUUUUCUCCCAUUUCACAGAGGACCAUCGAGUUAGGGGUUUCAGUGAGCAGGUUCUUUCAAGGGGAGCAGCCUCGAAGAUGGCCCUCUGCCUCUUCCAGAGGGGGAGAAAAAACGCCAUUGUUCAUAGGUUGCCUUCCAGUACGGCGCCUGCAUCAUCGGACUUCUGUCUUAUCAGAAGCAUUUACCAGGCUUUCCGCGAAAAAUUGAACGAAGCAAAGAUGUGGAAGUAGAUGGGUACUACUUAUUUAGUACUUGUUUUACUACUACUACUACUACAACUACUACUACUACUACUAGUUCUAUUUAUUUUUUUGGUAGUCGUAGGUAGUCAGUGUGGACUCUCACUCUAGAACAUGUAGGUAGUCGUAGGUAGUCAUGUAGGACUAAGAUACACUCUAGUCCAAAAUAAACAGGAAUUUCCUUUUCGCCGUGACGGUGUUUUUUCUGGUGGAUGUCGUGACGUUUUGCGUUCUGACCUUCGGAAUUCACCUGAACGACAACGUGUCUUUGAGGAAGUGGCAUGACACUUUGCGCCUCUACAUGGAUAUCUGGGAAAGGAAUUGUGGCCGAUUCGCAGCUAACAUGAGCUUCCUGCUUAUUGGACCUUACUUCGUUAUGGAACAAACUGUUCGGUGGAUUGAGAUUGCUUGGCUCGGGUUCUUUCUACUAGAUCUGGAUGGAUAAGGAGAACAGCGCUGUUCUCUAGUUGAUAGAAUAACAUCUAAAAAUUUUUAUUUUUUUGUUUUUUCCACGAUGUAAGAUGAGUGCACCCGAGGCCACUCUGUAAUAACGUCAGCGUAGGUAGUCACCACUAUGCCGCGCCAGCGAGGACGAAGGUUGAUGCGUCCUAUCCUAUCCUAUCCUAUCGUAGGAAGGCCCACGCACUCUAUCCCAUACUACCAAUUUUUACACCUAUCAUCAUCCUACCAAUUUUCCAUCGUGAUCGUCUAAACGACCUCUGAUUCGCAUUCCUUGAAAAUUGCCUGCUUUUCUUCAGGGAACCUUUUUGAAGUCUGAGCCCCCCAUUCCUCGCAUUCCAAAAAAAAAUCGACGUCCUAGUCCAUAAAAAUAUUUGUAAUUCGUAUUCGACGUGAGUAAUUAUACUAAAUCCCCACCCGACCACUUGAUUCUGAUCCUAAGGCAACCUAUAGCCUAGUCCUUUUCUCUCUGCUCUAAUCCUCGCGUUCUAGUGAUUUCGAGACGAUGGGAGAGCUUCCCGAGUCCCAUUACGUUCUUCGAGGCCACAGGCAUGCAGAUUACCUACGAUCACAUUGAGACCAUCUGCGGCAAGAAGACCUUGGAGUUUUGGAUCUAGGUAAUGGACGAACUGCAACUAGGAAUAGUAGCAGAAGCGCAGGAGGAUGGGGAUCAACUAGGAGGUGGCGGUACUGGUAGAAGGGAAGAGGGGAAGAAGACGACAGGACAAUCUUGGCUCGGAGUGUUUUGGUUCAAUUUGGAUGAAGUCGUCAACUUUGAUGGAUCUUGAUCGACUUUUUAAUUUAGACAUUUUAGUUGUUAUCCUUAUCGUUUGUACGACGGGGGGCGGCCGCGAUGAGGACCCUUGUGCGAGUGAGUAGGUUGUGGUAGUACACAUGUAGUAACGACAUAGUAACAAGGUACUUACUCACUGGGGUAUGCCUAUGGAAAGCAGCGUCCUUAGAUGUAGUUUAGCAAGUCUUUCAUUGCUCUUGGGACAUUUCUUAGUUCGGAGUAAAACGUAGCGAGUUGUUAGUGUUACAGUAGUGGAUAGUAGAUAGGCAAGAACAAAAAUAUUCUUGAGUGAGAGUCAGAGUCUAGAUUUGCAAAAUAGAGCAACAACAAAUGUUCACGAUGAAAAAGGGUGUCCGUGUUGUAAUUGUAUCAUCAAAAGCAAACGUACAAUCUUUACACAAACAAGUCUUUUUUCGCCGUUAUCUCUGUUUCUAGUAAGAGAUGAAAACAAUCAAUCUAGUGCACCGUAGUGGCCGUAGAUGUCUAGUAGUAGUUGUAGUGCAGCGAAAAUUUGACACAGUAUGUAUCGUCGUUUCUUGUGCCUGUUUGUAGAAGUUUGCUGGACAGUGUCACGACUGUCGGUGUGUCGUCUGUAAAAUGAACAACUAGAAGUAGUAUCAUGUUUCUCCACAAGUAUCUUGCACCAGUGUACGAAAAUUGUGAUUCAAGUGUGAUUCCACAUCCACAAUUCCCAUUCUCAUGAAUGCUCGCAGUCAAUAUCAGUAGAAGCACUAGGUUAGGACAUGUUCAGCAUCAACAUAGUAAGUGCAUUUGGUGAAUGUGGGAACAACGACUUGUAUGGGAAUUUUUCAAGUUUUUCAUCGUGUGGUGAACUCAUGGCCACAACUGACCCAUAACCUGCAUAGACAUACGACGUGGAGCACGAGGACAUAUGCAACGCAUAACGUUUUUGGACGUGAGCAGUACACCCACAUAAAACUAAUUGGUCG